AUGAGGUUUACCCCCCUUUCCAGAUUAAUCUGCCGUUUCCCUCGGUGGCAUACAUGUGGACCUUUUCAAUCUCGAGCCUUACAGACUGAUUUUGUUCCUAAAGACCCUCAGGCUAAGCCAAUAAAGUACAAAAUUCCUCAAUUCUAUGAUCCUUAUGGCCCCAGACCUCCACCCUCAGAAAAGAUCAUUCAGCUUGCAGAACGAAUUGGAGAAUUAUCGGAGGAAGAACGUGGCCAAAUUAUGCCUACUUUGGCAGAUAGAUUAAAUCUUCCAAAAUUGCAGCCAAUUUCCACAGAUGGCUUGGACAUGGGUCCAGAAGGUGGAGCUGCUGGACCAAAGGUUGAGGAGAAAAAGGCAGAGAAAACAGCUUUUGAUGUGAAGUUGGAGAAAUUUGAUACUGCUGCAAAGAUCAAGGUGAUUAAGGAGGUAAGAGCAUUUACUAACCUGGGAUUGAAAGAGGCCAAAGAUCUUGUUGAAAAGGUUCCAGUCGUGCUAAAACAAGGAGUCACAAAAGAGGAGGCAAAUGACAUAAUAGAAAAAAUAAAAGCUGCUGGUGGAGUUGCAGUAAUGGAGUAG